CAAACCGGAAGUGGAAGUGGUGCAUGAAGGCUUUUUCACUGCUGCUAUUAGGAAUAUUUCCAUAUUUUAAUGGCAAGAAGUCUCUGAGCUGAUUUUGGUUUUGUGGUACCUCUGGGGAGGCCCUGGACCAGAUCUUCCUUCAGACUCCAGGUCACCUUUUCCCAACAGCUCUGCUUGAAUUCACAAAGGAGCAGUAAGUCUCAGGCUCCUGAGAGAACAAGAGUUGUGACCCAGUGUGACCAUGCCAACUAAUUGGAUCUCACCUCGGAAACUCACAACUCUGGCUCCAGAGAAUCAUGACAGCUCAUGUGAGGGAUCAGUGUCCUUCAGAGAUGUGACUAUAGAUUUCAGCAGAGAGGAAUGGCAGCACCUGGACCCUGCUCAGAGAAACCUCUACCGAGAUGUGAUGCAGGAGACCUACAGCCACCUGCUCUCAGUAGGGUAUCAAGUUCCUGAGCCAGAGGUUUUCAUGCUAGAACAAGGACAGGAGCCAUGGGCACUGCAAGGUGGAAGUCUACACCAGAGCUGUCCAGAAGAAUUUCGGCAGAUUGGUGACCAGAUAGAGAACUAUCAUCAAACAGGAAGUAAAUCAUUAAGUGAUAUUGCUUUCAUCAAGAAAAUAUUGACUACAAAGAGUCAUCAUGAGUAUGAGGGCAUUACAAAAAUAAUUCAUGUGAGCCCAAACAUUAUUCCUCCCCCCAAAAGACUCGAUGAGUAUGGCUCAUUUGGGAAUGAGUUGAAGCAUAAUUUAGAUUUAUACAGUCCUUAUAGAAGUAAUACAUCCAAUAGCAUUAGAAAGAUUACUGAAUAUAGUAAAAUUUCUUCCUAUUCUGAUGACCAUGAGUAUACUCUAACAGAAGAGAAAUUAUGGAACCAUAAUCAAUGUAGAAAAAAUCUCAGUUAUAAACAAGUACCCUCUCAAUAUCAGAAAAUUCACACUGGGGAGAAAUCCUAUGACUGUGCAGAAUUUGGAAAGAUCCUCACCCAGAAAUCACAGCUCAAGGUACAUCUGAAAGUUCAUACAGGAGAAAAACUCUAUGUAUGUAUUGAAUGUGGGAAGGCUUUUGUGCAGAAACCAGAAUUCAUUACACAUCAAAAAACCCAUACUAGAGAAAAGCCAUAUAAAUGCACUGAAUGUGGAAAGUCCUUUUUCCAAGUUUCUUCUCUCUUCAGGCAUCAGAGAAUUCACACUGGAGAGAAACUGUAUGAAUGCAGUGAAUGUGGAAAAGGCUUCUCUUAUAACUCAGAUCUCAGUAUACAUCAGAAAAUUCAUACUGGAGAGAGACACCAUGAGUGCAGUAACUGUGGCAAAGCAUUUACACAAAAGUCCACACUCAAGAUGCAUCAGAAAAUUCAUACAGGUGAGAGAUCCUACAUAUGUAUUGAAUGUGGACAGGCCUUCAUCCAGAAGACACACUUGGUUGCACACCGAAGAAUUCAUACUGGAGAAAAGCCGUAUGACUGCAGUAACUGUGGGAAAGCCUUCAUUUCCAAGUCUCAACUCCAGGUACAUCAACGAAUUCACACAAGAGUGAAGCCCUAUUCAUAUACCGAAUAUGGGAAGGUCUUCAACAAUAGUUCCAACUUCAGUACACAUAAGAAAGUUCAAAUUAGAGAGAAAUCAUCCAUAUGUACUGAAUGUGGGAAGGCCUUUACUUACAGGUCAGAGUUAAUUAUUCAUCAGAGAAUUCACACUGGAGAGAAACCUUAUGAAUGUGGUGACUGUGGAAAAGCCUUUACUCAGAAGUCAGCACUCACAGUGCAUCAGAGAAUUCAUACAGGAGAAAAAUCAUAUGUGUGUACAAAGUGUGGGCUGGCCUUCAUCCAGAAGGCGCACUUGAUUGCACAUCAGAUCAUUCAUACUGGAGAGAAACCUUAUAAAUGUGGUCACUGUGGGAAAUUCUUUACUUCCAAGUCACAACUGCAUGUGCAUAAACGAAUUCACACAGGAGAAAAACCUUACAUGUGCAAUAAAUGUGGGAAGGCAUUCACCAACAGGUCAAAUCUCAUCACACAUCAGAAAACUCACACAGGAGAAAAGUCCUAUGUAUGUUCUAAAUGUGGAAAGGCCUUUACUCAGAGGUCAGACUUGAUUACACAUCAGAGAAUCCAUACUGGAGAGAAACCUUAUGAAUGCAGUACCUGUGGAAAAGCCUUCACCCAGAAGUCACACCUCAAUAUACACCAGAAAAUUCACACUGGAGAGAGGCAGUAUGAAUGCCAUGAAUGUGGGAAAGCCUUCAACCAGAAAUCAAUACUAAUAGUACAUCAGAAAAUUCAUACAGGGGAGAAACCCUAUGUAUGCACUGAAUGUGGAAGAGCCUUCAUCCGAAAAUCGAACUUCAUUACUCAUCAAAGAAUUCAUACAGGAGAGAAACCUUAUGAAUGCAGUGAUUGUGGGAAGUCCUUCACCUCCAAGUCUCAGCUCCUUGUGCAUCAGCCAAUUCACACAGGUGAGAAACCCUAUGUGUGUGCUGAAUGUGGCAAAGCCUUUAGUGGCAGGUCAAAUCUCAGUAAGCACCAAAAAACCCACACAGGAGAAAAGCCUUACAUCUGUUCCGAAUGUGGGAAGACCUUCAGACAGAAGUCAGAGUUAAUUACGCAUCACAGAAUUCAUACUGGAGAGAAACCUUAUGAAUGCAGUGACUGUGGGAAAUCUUUCACUAAGAAAUCUCAGCUCCAAGUGCAUCAGCGAAUCCACACAGGCGAGAAGCCUUAUGUGUGUGCCGAAUGUGGCAAAGCCUUCACUGACAGGUCAAAUUUGAAUAAACACCAAACAACACACACUGGAGACAAACCCUAUAAGUGUGUAGUCUGUGGGAAAGGCUUUGUUCAGCGAUCAGUGCUCACUGUGCACCAGAGUAUUCACACUUAAACAGUAAGAAAAACUUCCCUGAGGACAUGACUCGAUUGUUCACUAUUGAAUCCAUGCAAUGGAAUAAUAUGUAUAUUACUGUAAGUAGAAAUACCCACAUCAGAAUGUGACACUUUACUGUUUAGAAGAGGACCUUUGAGAAGGAACUGAAUGGGUUGGGGAGGGAUUCUGCAUUGGCAUCAGCAUUGUUAAAUCCUGGGGCAUACAUACUGAGAAGGAACUGAUGCUUUAGAAGAAGCCUUCUCAAGAAAAAUACAGUAGAACACUGGUUCCACAUUCUUCAUAGGAAGAAUAAAGCUAUAAUCAUGAUAAUCCUGUUGGUGGACUGGGGACAAUGCCAGCAAAUUCAAUGGGAAAACAACCCAAUAUAGAGGAUGGUGAUAUGUCCUCGGUUCUGUAAGUUGUUUCCUGCAGAACACAUCUAACAGUCGUGGGGGUUUUUCAUUCUCUGGUUGAAACUAACAUAUUUGUGCAUAUUCAGUCCACCAUUGCUACUUCUGUCAAGGAAGUGAUACCAUAAUAAAAAAAUAUUCCUUAUCUAUACUGACACAAAACUCAAGAGUGCAUGUGGACUUACCAUUG